CAUAGUGUUAAUAGCAUACAUAUAAAAUAACAUAGGCAUAACAAAGAAAGAAGCAGAGUGUGUGAAUUGAAUUAGUAUGAUGGAGAAAACGAGUGCUACUACUACCAAAGUUGUUGAAGAAGGUGGUGGUGGUGGUGGUGGUAGGGAAGUGAGGAGGAUGAAGAUGAAGGUGAUGGUGGCAAUUGAUGAGAGUGAGGGAAGCUUCUAUGCACUUAAAUGGGCCCUAGAAAACCUAUUUGAGAACAUGGCUUCUAAGUGUUAUGCUUCAACAGCAGAAGAAGCACAUGCAGGGAUGGUUGAGAAUGAAGGAGGAAUGGUGUUUCUUGUUCAUGUUCAACCAAGAUUUGCUGAGUAUGGUUACCCUAUCAUUGGUCCUAAUGUUGAGGAUUACGUGAGGAAAUCACAAGAAGAAGCAUCUGCAGCCAUACUCUCACGUGGGUUGCACAUGUGCAAAGACAAGAAGGUGAAAGCAGAAACAAUAAUUCUAAGGGGAGAUCCAAGAGAAAUGAUAUGUCAAGCUGCAGAGCAAGUGCAUGUGGAUCUUCUUGUUGUUGGUAGCAGGGGUCUUGGCACUAUUUCAAGAUUGUUUAUAGGAAGUGUAAGUGACUAUUGUGCUCAUAAUGCAAAAGUUCCAAUCCUUAUUGUGAAACCACCUAUCAAGAAGGAUACCAAAGAGACGCAAACAAGUGCAGGUACUGCAUGAUCAGUCAUCACUUUCUGAAUCAAGAGUGUAAAUCAUCAAAACUGGUUGUUUCAACUAUAUACUUAAUAUGUAACAACAAUAAGUUUGAUGUAUGUGAACCAUAUAUAUGUGCUACAAUCCUAAAAUGAAUUGCAGGUGUUGCAAUGUUGCAUACUACAAUUAAUGUUGUAACAUAAGAGCAGUUAGUUACUCAAUAAUGUGUAUGUGAAGAAAUUAGAAAGUAAAUCCUGUAUGUUUUCUUCUAGGUUUGUAUUAUUGCAUUAAAAUUAAUGUGCAAUCUUUGUAUCA